AUGUGGAUCUCGACAGAAAUUACAGUUAUUGCACUUCUUCUGCAGCGCUGUCCCCAUGGCAUAUCCAGCGUUAUAGCUCUUUCAGUGUGUUUACAGGUUGAAGCUGUUCGUCCUGAAUGCGACCCAAACUACAUUUUGCUCCAAGAUGAAGUGUCCUGUUUGGAGCUGCUCAACAAGACUUCCAUCAGCCAAGGACGACAGCAGACAGAAUGCAGGGGAUGGUGGGACCAUGUUAACUGUUGGCCCCAUGCUGCAGUUGGAGAUGUUGUGUCUCAGCCAUGUCCAGGUUUUCUACACACCACUGGGCAAGUUUUCAGGAACUGCACAGAGCUUGGCUGGACUGAUCCCUACCCUCCACAUGAUAUAGCAUGCGAGUAUGGCUUUAAUGAAAGCCUUCCUCUAGAAGUGCACAGCUCCCAGAGGUACUUCCUGUUUGUGAGAAUCAUGUACUCUGUGGGUUACAGUGUUUCCCUUGUCUUCCUCAUCACAGCUGUUGCUAUUCUCUCCCUUCUGAGGAGGCUCCACUGCACACGCAACUUUAUCCAUGUCCAGCUCUUCCUCUCCUUCAUCUUCCGAGCCGUACUCAUCUUUAUUAGGGAUGCAGUUCUGUUCUCAAAUGAAGACAGCUUUCACUGUCACAUCUAUACGGUCAGUUGUAAAUUUGCCACUGUGCUGUCUAACUACUGCAUCAUGGCCAACUACAGCUGGCUGCUGGCUGAGGGCUACUACCUGUACAAACUUGUCAGCGCCUCGCUGUUCGCUCAGAGGAAACACUUGUCAUGGUACAUCAUCCUUGGCUGGGGUUCUCCAGUGAUUAUCAUGAGUGGCUGGAGUUUUGCUAAGUACCUCCAUGAAGAUGAAGGUUGCUGGGAGAUGAGAAGCAGUGAAUGGAUCUGGUGGAUUCUCAGACUUCCCGUUCUACUCUUCAUUAUAGUGAACUUGUUGUUCUUCAUGUGUAUCCUAAAAAUACUGGUGGCCAAGCUAAGGACACAAGACAUGCCCGGCAAUGAAUUCAAUCACUACAGGAAACUUGCCAAGUCAUCGUUCCUCCUGGUGUCGCUCUUUGGCUUACACUACAUUCUCUUUGCUUUCCUUCCACACCAAGUCCGUGGCAGGACCUAUGAAAUCUGGAACUUUAUUGAGCUGGCUUUUGCUUCUACUCAGGGAUUUGUCGUAGCGCUUCUGUACUGUUUCCUGAACGGGGAGGUGCAGAACGAGAUCCAGAGGAGGUGGCGGAGGUGGAAGAUGAAGCACCACGUGCAGUUGGAGCACAGGAGGAAGUGCGGCAGCAUGAGCCAGAGCGGGGGUGGCCCCACCAACAUCACUCUUCUAUUUAAAUCAGCCUCCACACCCGAGUCUGGUCUGGUGUAGCAUGAUACGAGGUUCCUCAGCGAGAGAAAUACAAGAUGAUGUCUUCUCCAUUUUAGACACAAAUGUGUACAAAGAAGGCAGAGCAACAAAACUAAGUACACUUUUCCAAAUGUAUCUGAAAUUCAAUUUCAGAUGAUAUAUAUAUAAACAAUCCGCAUACACUCACAUGUUAAA